UAGUCCAAAACAUUGGGCAACGACGUCGUCCUAGUUUCUUCCAGAACUCUCAGUCGAGCCCCCAAAAUAAAAGCGAGCGCAGUGUCGCGGACGCGCGGCAGCGACACACGCAGAUUAAAUUAGAUCUCCCAGGGCGUUUAUAAAUAGGAAGCAUGUGAACGCCCGGCUGGACAUUGUGAUAAAAACAACAACACGGAUCUCAUCCCUCUUUAAGUUGCGUUUACGGACCCAAGCAGCCUGCAGAGACGCAGCAAAGACGACGGCGCAACAACGUCGGAUGCCCGAGACACCUUGAAAAGCUUCCCUGGUAAAGCAUCCAUGAGAGACUAAGUGAGGGACCUAUGGACCACCAGAGCCGCCUGCCAGUGGCCCCGGUGGUGACCCUGCCUGCUUCCAGCCCAGCAAAAGACCUGAGGCCCGGCUGCACGGCGCUGGACUCCCUGCUAUGCGGCGCAUUCGCCGGAGCCGUCGCCAAAACUGUCAUCGCACCCCUUGAUCGCACCAAGAUCAUCUUCCAAGUGUCCUCAAACAGGUUCUCAGCUAAGGAGGCCUUCCGAUUCAUCUACUGCUCAUAUGUGAAAGAUGGGCUGCUCAGCCUGUGGAGGGGCAACUCAGCCACCAUGGUGAGGGUCAUGCCCUACGCCGCCAUCCAGUUCUACUCCCAUGAACAGUACAAAAAGGCGCUGGGGGCCCACUACGGCUUCCAGGGAAAAGCUCUGCCGCCAUUCCCACGUUUCCUGGCUGGAUCAUUGGCAGGGACCACAGCGGCCAUGCUCACCUACCCGCUGGACAUGGUGCGGGCCCGCAUGGCAGUCACAGCCAAAGAAAUGUACUGCAACAUCAUGCACGUUUUCAUGCGAAUCUCUCAAGAAGAGGGCAUCAAGACUCUCUACAGAGGCUUCACCCCCACCAUACUGGGCGUCAUCCCCUACGCCGGAAUCACAUUCUUCACCUACGAGACCCUAAAAAAACUACACACAGAAAAGACCCAGCGGUCGCAGCCCUACACUGUGGAGCGGCUGGCCUUCGGAGCUUGCGCGGGCGUGUUAGGACAGUCGGCCUCUUACCCUCUGGACGUGGUGCGGCGGCGUAUGCAGACGGCCGGGGUGACCGGCUCCAACUGCAGCACCAUCCUGGGGACUAUACGUGAGAUUGUGCGCCAGGAGGGCUUCGUGCCGGGACUCUACAAAGGUCUGAGCAUGAACUGGCUCAAGGGGCCCGUCGCCGUGGCGAUCAGCUUCACCACCUUCGACGUCACGCGCAGCCUCCUCCUCAAAGUGCACCAGACGGGCUUUUUCGCCCACUGAUUGGCACGGGAUGGUCUCAAAGCCCACUCUUACCACAAUGUGCUGCUGUGGUUGUUGACAUUGUCACACAAAAUAACACUAUCAGUUUAUAGUAUCAGUCAUUUAGACAAAAUGUCUUCUGUGUUUGCACGACUUUGUUUGGGUUUGAUUUUUUUUUAAAUCAGAAUGUUCAUGUUGGAUCGUAUUUGCACCUUCAGGGUGAUCAAGCAAUAUGUGACCUGAAAUGAUUGUAGGAGGCACAAUUUUAGACUCUUUUUUUCUCUCUCUCUCUCUCCAAUCCUGCACUUUCGUGACGAUUAUCUCGUAGUCAAAGCUAGAAUAGAAACAAAUUUAUACAUAUGUAUAGAAGAGGUUUCAUUUGAUGGAAUUUUUUUUUUUGUUAUAAUUACAUUUUAUCCAUAGAUGGAUGUUUUGCUAUAGAGUGAGCAAUGCUUCAAUUGUCCACACGAGGGAGCCCUGCAACAAAUAAUCAAGCUGGUCUAUUAUAAAAGGGUUUUAAAAAAACAAACAAAUGUAAAGUGUUUUAAUAAAAUGUUUACAAUGUAAAAUAA